CACAGUCACCUGCCUCUCGUUACCUGUCGCGUAUAUAAGUCCUGUCUGCGUGUCUCACCCUUUUCCGAUCAUUGAUUCUUUUUUAUUCCUGUCGUUGUCAAGUCUGUUUCGGUUAGCCAGUCUGUCGGUCGGUCAGUUAAGUUAUGUCAGUUUGCCGGUUCUGUUAGUUUGUUCCCCUUAUCCUGUUUUCCAACUACCUUUUCCCACAAUAAACCCUGCGUCUAAGCUGCAUUUGGUCGCCCUGCUCCGAUCCGUGACAGAAGUUUGUAAGGAUAAAGCUUUAUCAAUCUUGAACAUCUUUUGUAAUGAUUAAUUCCAAUUUUUUAACGUGUUGGAUCAUGUGACAGCCAUGGAGCGUUUCAAAUAGGUGUUGAAUGGGGAGUUCCACGACUUCCUGCCAGGUGACAAUUUUGCGUCAACGUUCCAAUGCCAAUUGGCAAGCAAUGGGCUAGGGAACGAUAUACUUGCAAAACCUGCAAAGCCAAAGCUGUCAAAUGUUGAUUGCCUCAAGCCUGAAUGAAAGCUGAAGUAGAAAAAAAGGAAGUGUAUAUGGUGAUGUUUGCGACAUCGUGUACUUCUCUACUUUCUACCAGCUGUACAACUAUUCUAUAUUCAUGACUCAACAUCUAACAUGUCCUUGUUUGUGUUUGACUUUUCUUUUCAAUGCUACUUGUAUAGAUUUUAUGGUACUUAGACUUUGAGUGUUCAGUUUUUGUGCCUUUUUAGUCCCUACGUUUGAAAACAGCCAUAUGUAAUACCUUCCAUUUCUUAAUUUGUCAACAUAGACUCACUUUUUUAAGAUUAAAACGUUUUAUAUUUAUUCACAAUCAAGAUUAAAAACGGGUACUGCGCAGUGAAUUAUUUGAUCUUUGAACAAUAAGUAGAUUUUUUUGCUUUUACCUGCAAGUAAAACAUCAGUACUUUAAUUUUGUUUUUUAACACAAAUAUCUGUACUUACGCCUAUAACUGUGAGUAUUGUGUUUACCAGAAGCGUCUGUAGCCGCUGUCCCUUUCGGGAAGUACAAUGACUACAGUACUGUAUGAUGUGGUUCUACUGUCGAAUACUUAACUUUUCAAGCGCUAUAGCGUUUGCGGUGGUGGGCGUGGACAAACCAGACGUCACCGCACCUCUCCCACUAGCCCGGCGGGUCCCCUCAUGUCAGCGGCUUCUCCAUUUGUCCUCAUCUCCAUGCACGCACGGACCUUUGCGCUACGUUUCUCCACGCCGAGGACUGGAAACAUGACCAAGAGGAGCAAUCCGAUGCGAUAGACAGGAUGGCUGCCGACAACAACUUAAUGAAAUGUUCUUGACACCGUUUUGGAAGGCGAGAGACGUACUUUGGGAUAACGGUGGCAUCGUUUUCAAGCGUAAUGGAGCUACCCGACCCCUGCCACAGCAAGCACUACGUCGAUUCCAGGAAGAGUCCCGCGAUCAGUGCCGUCAUGUUCGCUGCGGGCCUCCUGGGCAACGUGGCCGCCCUGGUGAUUCUGGAGAUCCGGCGCCGGCGAGACGCAAAGGCCACAGACAGUCGACGGCGCGUGCUAUUCCACGUCCUCAUCACGUCGCUGGUAGUCACGGACUUGGGCGGAACAUGUCUAGUCAGUCCACUUGUGCAGGUGUCGUACUCUCGCAACAUUACCUUGGAGGGAAUGUCACCCAACACUCACGGAGUGUGCUCCUACUUUGGAUUCAGCAUGACCUUCUUCAGCUUGGCAACCAUGUCUCUUCUCCUAACGAUGGCACUGGAAAGAAGCUCGGCUAUCGGCUACCCCUACCUGUACACUCGAUACGUCACCAAAAAGCUAGCCUACAUCACAAUUCCCGUGGUGUUUUUAGUGUGUAUUUUAUUCUGUCUCCUCCCUUUUGCGGGAUUUGGAAAAUAUGUACAAUAUUGCCCUGGCACUUGGUGCUUCAUUGACAUGAAUCCAGAGAAGAAGAAAGACCGGGUCUACGCAAACCUCUAUGCCACAGUCAUGUUAGUACUGGUGCUUGCAAUAGUGGUGUGCAACGCCUUUGUGGCUUACCAGUUGCUGCGCAUGUACCAGCGGCGGAGAAGGAACGGCGGCUCCGUCAUGGCGAGCACACGCUCCAACAGUGAACGCAGGCCCCUGUCCAUAGCGGAAGAAGUGGAGCAUCUCAUCCUCUUGGUCUUCAUGACAACCAUCUUCAUCAUCUGCACGCUUCCCCUUGUGAUUCGUGUGUACAUCAACUCAGUUAAGGUUCGCGACGAGUCUCACCCUCUGGACCUGAUCGCCCUCCGUUUCAUCUCGGUCAAUUCCAUCAUUGACCCCUGGGUCUUCAUCCUCCUCUCUCCUGGCGUGCUGCACUUUUGCUGGGCCUCCAUCUGCAGAUCCCGUCGAAGAACUUUGAAGGCUUCUCGGCUCAAAUCCACAGAGGCCAAAGAGAGUGAGGCAAACGUAGAGCUUUCGUGCCCAGAACUGGAAUACACAGAAUCUUUUCCACCUCUUGAAAAUGUAUGAUGCGGAUUUUUGUGUAUGUGUGUCGGUAAUUUGAUAGUUGUAUUUAUUUGCGGUCUUGAAAGGUCAGAGAUGGAUCUCCCUGCUAAUCACACAAGGCACAUAGGUUUUGAGCGUUAUUUUAUCUAUUUUUGGGGCAGUUUGAGUAUUAUCAGUCGCUGCCACUUCCUUAUCAUGUCCGGGUUGUUUCCAAACUACUUUGUGCUCCGAUAUCUUCAUGUGUGUGUGAAUUCUGUCAAGCUACAAUGUGUUUUAGAGUGUUUUUUUGUUUAAAGGCUAAGUAAGUAAGGCUUGUGUGUAGCAGGGGCAGCAUGGAUUUUUUUUGUCUGAAUAACAUUUUCAUAACUAAUUAAUUAGCAGAUCAUAUAUAAAAAAAAAUACGUAUUUAUUAAAUGAAAAUAUUUUGGUCUCAUAACACAGAACAAUAACGAGACAGUAUGAAUUACAGGCAAAACAUUUGACUGCUUUGCAAUAGUUUGUCCUUGAGUGUUUACAACAUAGAGGAAUAAUGGUAAAAUAUUUCGCUGAGUUUUUUUUAGGAACGUGGGAAAUGUUUGAAUGCCAUUAUCUUUGGUUUAUGAGGGGUUUUUUUUUUCACGGAUUUUAAAAGAUCUAAUAUUGGCCGAUUAAACCGGCUGGCCGAUUAUUGGUCUGGCCAGUAGUGUGUAGUCUAAUACAACUAAAACAAGUGUCUCAAGGAUAUUAAAAAGAAAAGCACUUCAUGCAUUCAAUUCCUACUUGUGGAUUUUCUUUCUGUUUUACUGAAGAACUCAUCCAUUUGCCUCAGCUCAGGCCAAAGAAAAUAAAGUAUUACUUUGGCGGCAUCUUGGUAUUGUUUAUAGGUUUAAGCCAUUAGGUUUUGUAUUGACUGCAGUCCUUGAAAGCAUCUUCUACUUUGCCGUUUAUAUUUUGUCCAACUUUUAUUUGUGUCUAAAGGCCAAAAGGUGAGUUAGGGUUUGUGGGAAGUGCUAGUGCGCGUAUUUGUUUGUCCAUGAGUCACAUCAAUUUGUGCUAGUGUGUGAUUUAGGCUAGUACGCCAGCUCAUACUAAUAUUUGGUUGGUUUGAAUAUUUGAACCUUUAACUCCAGUUGAACCUUAAAGGUGACUCUGACUUUGAUUGUGUACAUGCUAGCUGCAUUUCUUUUUCAAGUGCUUUGCUGCUAUCUUAGAGCAUCUAUACACAAUUACAAAUCACCUUUAAGUGAGGGCUGUCAAUCAUUGGCAGAUUUUCCCUAUUCACAACAGGGCUUGAUCUUUAUUGUAUUCUGUCAUCGGCACACAUCCUCACAACACUUAAAUCAUCCUUACCGUGCCGGAUGCGGCCCACAGGCCAGGAGUUUGACUCUUAUUCUAUUUAGGUGUAUGUUCAAGGCUGCUUAAAACAGAUAUUUUUGUUGCUCACUGCUUUAGUGUACAUGCAAUGGAUGUGUGAGUAGUGUGUAUUUGUGUGUUACUGAAUAGCAUAAUCAGUCAUGAUGGUUUAUUUUCUCUCUCUCUUUGUCUCUUUAAAAUAUCAGUUGCUUAUAAUAUAAAUAAUUCCCAAAAGAUAAUAUAAAUGAUACACUGUAUUAUAUUAGAUUGUGACGUGGACAUGCUUUCUUUGAAAUCUUUAUCUCAGAAAUGAAUAAUGCUUGAAAAUAAUGCUCUGUAUAUGGUGAUGUAACACGGAAGUCAUAUGGCAUGUAACGAUACAAUUACUCACUAGAUGAAACUGAGCUCACUGAGUGUGUCUGUCAUCCAGUAAAUAUUUGGUCCAACCUG